AUGGUAACACAGUUCCAUACAGCAGAAGAUGCCGGUGGCGCCACUACUUCCUCGGCGUCCUUCUGACUGCAGCUGUGUUUUUCAUCUGCAACACAAGCAUGAAGACCGUGAUGCUGGACCUGACCUCCAAACUGUGGGUGACAAACCUUUCAAAGAAGCUCAUUACUUCGACUGGAAAACUGGAUUUAGUCUCCGAUGGAACAGGGCGGUCUCCAGCAGAGAGGACAGCUGUUUCUUUCCCUCAGUUUAAUGGCUUGAUGUCGUUGAUGCCAUCAGCGCCGCCGACAACAGGAAGGACACAGGAGCCUCAAACAAAAGUCCACGCACAGCCUCAUGGUCUGAGCCAUGUUCCCUACAAAUCGCCUGGACCUUACUUGGUGGAGUAUCCCUCUGAGUACCACUUUGUGAUAAAUGAGCCACAAAAGUGUGAAAAGGAAGAGCCGUUUGUGGUGCUGGUCGUUCCGGUGGCUCCUCACAACAGGGCUCAUCGGGACGUCAUCCGCAGCACCUGGGGCAGCCAGAGCCAGGUUCUCGGCAGGAAAGUGCUGCUCUUUUUCCUGGUGGGGCUGAAAGAUGGAGAAGCCGCACCACAGCUCCAACAGCAGCUGCAGCGUGAGAGCCGACGGCACCGAGACCUGAUCCAGAGCGACUUUGUGGACUGCUACAAGAACCUGACCAUCAAGACCAUGGUGAUGCUUGAGUGGCUGGACUCAUACUGCUCCAGUGCCUCUUAUGCCAUGAAGAUUGACUCAGAUAUGUUCCUCAAUGUGGGCAAUCUCAUCAUUAUGCUCCUGAAGGCUCCAAAAAGUAACUACAUGACCGGUCUAGUGGCAAAUGGGGGCUCAGUUCUUAGAAAUCCCUCAUCCAAGUGGUACCUACCUGAGAAGCUGUACCCCCGACAGCAGUAUCCUCCCUAUGCUCUGGGUCUGGGUUACAUCUUGUCUUUGGACCUCCCUAAGAAGCUCAUCAUGGCCUCCAGGCAUGUCAAAGCCAUUUACAUUGAGGAUGCGUAUUUGGGGCUGUGCAUGGAACACCUGCACCUCCACCCCACGCCGCCCCCCAACAGUUACCAAUUCCAUGUCUACCCUUUGACGUACAGCCGCUGCGCUUACUCUGAGAUUAUUGCCACGACAACUGCUCCAGAAACGGAUCGUCUAAAACUCUGGAGGGAUUUUAUAGCACCAGGUCCAGAUUGUUAAUCUAGGGGGAAAAAAACAUCCACGCAAAGAAACCUCACAGAAGGACUUCCGGUAUGGAGUGAGAGCUGCAACACGUGUGCUCAACCUGCUCCUCAUGGCUAUUUCUAACUUGAACUUUAUUACCCCGUGAACACCUUCCUGAUUCCAUGUCUUUUGACUGUGAACUCGAAACUUUUCCUGAGAAAUCCAUUUCAAACUGUCGAAGGCAAAGACUAGACACACUGACAGAGAAGGGCCCAACACUGGCUUAGCCGCUGCUAGCGCUAACGUAGUCCUGGAAGACAUCGCAUCUCAGCUGAAGCGACAUAAAGAGGCCCUCUCCACUGAGUUUAUGUCCUCUUUUGAAACUUUCCCCACGAACCUGGCCAACAUAGAGGCUUCUAUUGCUGUCCACGGUGAUCGCAUUACGUCAUUGGAGAACAACGCUGGAGAAGUUGAACAACGUCUUAGAGACGUGGAGAAGCAUUGCAGCACACUGCAAAAAGACAAUGAUUUGCUCCGAUCAAAGGUGGCGCUCCAACAUUAACCUCAUCAGCCAACCUGAGAAGAUGGAAGGCCCCCGCCCAAGCGCGUUCUUCUCACAGCUCCUCAGCGAAGUGUUUGGUCCGGACAGUUUUCCCACACCUCCAGAGAUUUUCUGAGCUCAUCGGGUACCUGUGGCCAAGCCGCACCGGGGAGCCAAACCGCGUCCUAUGAUUCUAUGUUUACACCGUCUCCAGGUGAAGGACUCAAUUAUCCGCAAGGCCCGUAAGAGGAAGGAUUUAUCCUGCAAGGAACAUCCGAUCCAUCUCUACGAUGACUACAGUCCGGACGUGUUGAAGCUGCGUAACGAGUACCGUGCUGCCAUGGCUGGGCUGUAUGAGAGAGGAUACCGGCUAUCCUUACUUUUCCCAGCCAAACUGCGCAUCACCUUGCCGGACGGGGAAAAAAAGUGGUUUGCAUCUGCAGCAGCAGCUGAAAAGUUUGUACAGGACACACGCAAUGUCUCCUAAACAGAGGUGAUAACGUUCUGCAUUAUCUGGACAAAUAUAAAUGUGUGCCUGAUUCAAAUAUUUCACAGGUCGGUUUUUUAAGAUGUGAUCUGAGCUCAUGUUAAAGACUAAUCUGCAAACAGGCAGUGUUUUUUUCUUUACGUUAUAGGUUUGUGGUUGAAUAAGGUUACUGUCUUGAAACUGAACUGCUCUUACAUUUUAGUAGCCCCAUUGUGGUAGCAGGGAGCUAAGGUCAGUGUUGCCAGCUAGAGUCACUGUUUUCCAGCCCAAAAGUCAUCUAAAAACCGCCAGACACAGCCAAAAACCACCCAAGAGGUGGGGUGUGUGUGUGUGUCUGUGUAUCAUUGUACAAUCAAAACACAAAGAAAAGCAGUUUCACUUAAAUAACAAAAUUCAGAAUCCAAAAAAUUAGAUCAAGACAAAGGAAUUAGACAUUCACAAAUCACAGACGUAGAGAAGAUAUUACUCGUAAUACUCUACUCGUGUUACAGUUUCCGUUUCUUUGCCUUUGUGUUUUGAUUAUUUU